AUGACUGGUUACCAGCGACCCUAUUUUCUUUCGCUAUGCAACGUCUCUAUCAGUGCCUGCACAGCUCCACUUGAGCAUUCGCCAUCGCCUUCGCCUCAUUUGGCAUGCAACUUCCGAGGUGCUGACGAGCUGCGAUACGCAUGGCUUACCUUCCCAUCACUUCAUGCCGCCUUUUCCAGCUACUCCUGCAUCUUCGCAUCGUGCUACAUCUACUACAUGAUUAAUCUUCGCGGUGCUCCUCUGCUUCGGCCAUUCCUCAUUUUCGGGUUCAUUGGUCUCUGCAUCGUUGACUCGUUCUCGCGUAUCAACGGCUACAAGAACCAUUGGAGAGACAUAUGGGUCGGAUGGCUGAUCGGUUUCCUCAUUGCUUUCUUCCUGUGUCAUUGUGUGCUUGCUUCCAAGAAAUAUACCACGUGGUCGUGGAGAAGCCUGCAGUGGUCGAAGAGCGUGUGUCGCCGUUCUUCUCAUGGUUCCGACUUCCUAGAGUGCAGGCUCCCUCCGUCGAGAGGAAUAUGGGAGUAG